AUUUACAAUUUUAUAUAAUUUUUGAGUAUUUAAAAAAUACUUUGCUGUUGGUAGCACUGUUCGAAAUCUUCCUCUGUCACUCUAUUCCGUUUUUGUCUCGAACGCCUCAGAUUUACAUUUUUCUGAAAGAUGGCGGGCUUAAAAACAGACGUGAAAAUUGAGGAGAACGCGGAAGAAACGCGCGAAGACGAUAUUGUCGACGAGGCGGCGAAUCCAGGGGCUGAAGGCGAGGCUGCCAAAAAGAAGAAGAAAAAGAAAAAGAAGAAUAAAGCCGCUGCUGACGCCACUAAGGAUGCCACCGAAGGAGUUGAGAAUAUCGCACCGGACGCGAAAAAAAACAACGCUGAUGCAGGCAAAGGUGACAAAGUUACUGAGACAGAUAAGGAUGGUGAGGUGACUGAAGGCAGUGCUGAUAAGAAGAAGAAAAGGAAGAAGAAGAAGGGUGGCAAACCAACACAGACUGACCCACCCAGUGUGCCCAUAGUUGAUUUGUUUCCUGAUGGAGUAUUUCCCAUUGGUCAAAUUAUGGAAUAUGGCAAGGGGAAAGAUGAUAGAGUUGCUGCAAAUAGAAUGACUUCUGAGGAGAAGAAAACCAUGGAUAGAAUGCACAAUGAUAUCUAUAAUGAAGUUAGAUUAGCUGCUGAAGCUCACAGACAGACUAGGCAACACAUUCAACGCUGGGUGAAACCAGGCAUGACAAUGAUUCAAAUCUGUGAGGAGUUGGAAAACACCGCGCGUAAGCUAAUCGCAGAAAACGGUCUGAACGCCGGUUUGGCUUUCCCUACAGGGUGCUCGCGAAAUCAUUGCGCAGCGCAUUACACGCCAAACGCAGGUGAUCCAACCGUCUUGGAGUACGACGACGUAACAAAGAUCGACUUUGGUACACACAUCAAUGGCCGCAUCAUUGACUGUGCGUUCACACUCACCUUCAAUCCGAAGUAUGAUAAAUUGGUAGAAGCAGUACGCGAUGCGACCAAUACAGGUAUCCGCGAGGCGGGCAUUGACGUACAAUUGUGCGAGAUUGGCGCCGCCAUUCAAGAAGUCAUGGAGAGUUAUGAGGUUGAGCUUGAUGGAAAGACUUAUCAAGUGAAAUCAAUUAGAAAUCUGAACGGGCAUUCAAUAGCUCCAUAUAGAAUUCACGCUGGCAAAACUGUACCGAUUGUAAAAGGUGGUGAGGCAACUGUCAUGGAAGAGAACGAGUUUUACGCGAUUGAAACCUUCGGUUCCACUGGAAGAGGUGUAGUCCAUGACGAUAUGGACUGCUCGCAUUACAUGAAGAAUUAUGACAUGCCCUAUGUUCCAUUACGUUUGCAAUCAUCUAAAUCGUUAUUGAAUGUGAUCAAUAAGAAUUUCUCGACACUUGCUUUCUGCAAGCGGUGGUUGGACCGUGCUGGAGCCACAAAGUACCAGAUGGCUUUGAAGGACCUGUGCGACAAAGGUGUUGUCGAUGCUUACCCUCCGCUCUGCGACGUUAAAGGUUGCUACACUGCUCAGUUCGAGCAUACCAUUAUGCUGCGGCCCACAUGCAAGGAGGUUGUCUCGAGAGGUGAUGACUAUUAAUAUAAUCAUGUGUCUAGAGGGGGUACAAGAGUGUAAAAUGGAUGGACGUCGGUGUGUUUCUAUGUGUCACAUUUGCAUACAUCGAUGCAUUGUUGUUUUGCUCUUCUGUGCAUAGAUUUCCUUUCUUUUCUUACAAUGAAGCUGCAAUUUUUGUUGAUUUCACGGAAUAUGUGUAGAUAUUACAUAUUACAUAAAAAUAAAAUUGUUUACAUUCGA